UCCAUACCAUUCGAUCUAUUUAAUAAAAGAAGACCCAAAAUUGGUUUUCUUUUGACCAUGUUUAAAUCACGUUUAACCGUUGUUUACCUCGGUCUUUGCCUGGCGUCGAUCACAGUGUGUGUCCUUGGACAGCUUCCAGAGGAUGAUGAAUUAGUGGCAUGUGCCGCAUAUAGCGGUUGCUUCAAGGGCACUUAUAUGGAAGGCUUUCAAUCGCAACAAUUUCUAGCCUUUAUGGGCAUUCCUUAUGCCAUACCACCCUUGGGAGAUCUGAGAUUUGGUAGCCCACGAAGGGCGGGAAGGAAUCCCGACACAGUUGAUGCCACUAAGCCAAAACCGGAUUGCAUACGCAAAGAGUAUCUCUCAGCACAACCAGUAAUAUCCGGAGAUGAAGAUUGUCUCUAUUUGAAUGUCUACAGACCAAUGCCUUUGUCGGAAGAGCUUUUGCCUGUCAUGGUCUAUAUACAUGGAGGUGGUUUCAUUGGUGGAUCAGCUGGUCCUUCAGUCAGUGGGCCAGAGUAUUUUAUGGACUCACAAGCUGUAGUCUUGGUCACAGUGUCCUAUAGAGUGGGAGUUUUAGGUUACCUUUCCACUGGUGAUGAGAACAUGCCUGGUAAUUAUGGCCUCAAAGAUCAGCUUUUGGCAUUGAAGUGGGUCAGAGAUAAUAUUCACGGUUUUGGAGGCGAUUACGACGAAGUGACCUUAUUUGGUCACGGUAUAGACGGUGUUGCCACCCAUUUGCAUUUAUUAAAUCGAAAUUCUGCGGGUCUUUUCCGCAAAGUGAUUAGUAUGAGUGGCACGGCGAAUGUUCCAAUUGCCAUUAACCGAAAACCACUGGAACAAGCCCGAAAAGUUGCAGAACUUUGUGGAAUCGAUAAUGCCGACACUAUAAAUACAGUUGAGCUUACAGACGCCCUAAAAACAGUUGAUUUAGAAACUUUAAUUAAUGCAGAAGAUGGCUUUAAAUAUUUUGGGGCAGAUCCUUUGUACGUUUUUCGUCCGGUUAUAGAAGAAAACGUGCAGGGCGCCUUUUUAAUCGAAGAACCUGUAGACGCUAUAGAAUACGGACACUAUCAAAAAGUGCCAUGGCUCUUGGGAACCGUAGAAACAGAGGGCGCUCUGCGUACAAUCAACAUCAACGAGAAUCCCUACUUGCGUGAUCAACUUAAUUCGAAUUUCUCUAAUAUAUUGAAGCAGUUAGUCGAAUUUCCAAGUCAGUUUAAUGAACAACAAAAAAAUGAUAGAACAGAACUUCUUAUAAAACAAUAUUUGAAUGAAAUUCAUGCAUUGGGACCCCAAACAAUAUAUGGAUUUUUAAAUAUAAUGACUGACAGACAUUUCAAGCAUCCCCUCUACACAGCCGUUAGAGAUUAUGUUCGAUCUGGAGAAAAUCGUGUCCUUAUGUAUAACUUCAAUUAUAAAGGCCCUGUUAGUUACGCCUCAGUUUACGCCAAGGCAAAUCCCUCUAGAGAUUAUGGAGUUGUUCAUGGCGAUGAUUUGAUUUAUUUAUUCCGUAGUCCCCGUUUCUUCCCCGAUUUUAGCAAAGAUUCUAAAGAAGCCAAGUUGAUUACACAGUUUGUUGCAUAUUUCGUUGAGUUUGCCAGAAACGGAGCAAUCCACAAUCAGCCUGCUUUGAGUCCUUGCUCAGCUAACAUCUUCGGCAAUCCACCCGAUGGCUUCUGUGAAUAUCAUUCCUUCGAAAAUGAUGAUGGUGAAAAUGGUUUUAAAGUUGUUGUUAAAGACCAAUUUCACACUAAUAGAGUUCAAUACUGGUUAUAUUUAUUGGAGUAAAGAUGAAACUUAUGCUUAGAUAGUAAUAUAGUUCUAUAAUAAAUAGUAAAAUAAAUUAUAAAAAAUUAA